UUUGUCUCUGUGUCUUUGCUCCUUCCCCGUGUCAUCUUCAUUUCCUCCUUAUAUGAGCUGAAAAGCAAUAUUUGCGAUAGUUGACAGCAGGCAAGCGGACACUAGAGGUUGGACUGAGUGCCAAUAUCUGCUCCGAGAGAAAAUAUCUAGAGAGGGAAAAAAUUUAAUAAAUGAGUCAGUAGCGUAGUUCAGAGAAUGUUGUUAGGUCUAUAUUUUUGAAAUGCGUUAAGAAUACAUUUGCUAUUAAAUAUCCCAAACGAGCUUCAGAGGACUGUGUAGAGACUACACUGGAUGGUUGGCUGAGCGGUGGAGGAACAUUUAAAUCCAAGUAUCUCCUUUGACCUUUACCCUUAACAUCUUAGGUUGUCUCUGAUCUGGUGGGAUGUCAGAGGGCGGCGCAGGUGCCUGCCCCCAGGUGUUUGUGGUGGACAGUCAGGCCAGCUACAUUAAAAUGCCCCCUGAAAGGAAACCAAGGUGGGGGAGUCAGCUCCAAAAGUUUCUUCUCUUGCUGGUGGGACUGGCCAUGUUGGGAAUAAUCGUCGAGGGAUUUUUAAUCUACAAACUUUACCAAAGGACAGAGGCUUCUUCUUCUAACCAUGAGCCUGACCUUAAGAACCGGACAAACCCCAAGCCAGAAAGUCUGGUGGGAGGUAGGAAGAUGAGCAGAGAUGAGAGGAGACCCUUUGCUCACCUGCUGGGCUCCAAUAAGCCGGGGACGAACGAUAUAGUGCAAUGGGCAAAAGAGGGUGACGCAGUCACCCAAGACAUGAAGUAUGAAAAAGGCCGGCUGACAGUAGAAAAGGAGGGCUACUACUAUAUCUACUCCAAAGUGAUUAUGAAUGCAGCAGAAGAGUGUUCACUUAGCCAGCACAAAGUCAUGAAGGAGACCAAAGCCUAUGAUAAGCCUAUAGAACUUAUGCAAUCAAAAAGUAUUCAUUGCUCAACCUCAAAACCUCAUUUGAAGCUUCUAGAGGCUUCAGAAGAUUUGUGGAACAGUUACCUGGCUGGGAUUUUCCAGCUGCAAGUUGGAGAUGAAAUUUAUGUGACACUGAAGAAUAUAACGAAGAUUCAUGGAGGGUCUACUCUUAACUUUAUGGGGGCCUUUAUGAUAUAUCCCUAGAGACACGUGUGUGCCAGUUUAUCUUAUUCUAUUUACUCAAUGUUAAUUUUACACCAUCUGUUUGGAUGAUUUCUAUGUAUAAUAUAUGCACAAAAUAGAUAAUAUAUGCUGUACCUGGUGUAUGUAUUUGGAUCACCAAUGAAGAAAUAACAUUUUGUUGUUUUAUAAAAAAGUAUCUGAUAUUCAGGUUAUAUAAUGCUAUUUUUGCAAUGUGGUUUCUUGUUUAAAAUAAAUAAUGUUUUUUUCAUCAAACAAAUUGCAAAGCAGUAUCAUAUCCUGAUUAUGACACACAACAAGAACAACGAAUAAGAAGGUAUCUUAUAAGUGAAAGAAUGAGAUGCGGCAGAUUUUUUUCUUGUUCACAUAUAAAACUGUGUGAACACUCAUAAAAUCAUUUGGAAACAGCUUGGAUACCUUAAACACACUGUGAUGAACCACAGACAACCCACAUUACAUAGCUGCAUAUUGAGAGAUGCAACAAACACCAAUGUCUGCAAGGCACUAUAUGUGUGUGUGAAGUGCAGGAUGUGGUUGAGUAAGGAUGCAGUGAGGAGAAAAUGGGGGAGGGAG